AAUACUCGAAAAGAAUAAAGGAAAGGCUCCCUUAACUUACCAUCAGUUUCAAACCAUUGUACAGGGAAUGGAUCCUCCGGAUCCACCAGUAGCAAUUGUAACCGCUGAAACCAUUGGUACUGCUUACACUCCACUACAAGAAGAUCACGAUGACAUUUAUGGAGUGCCUACUCUUGAGGAGAUUGGAUUUGACACCGAGGGCCUGCAGCCUCCAGUAUGGGUAGGUGGUGAAAGUGAAGGACUCAUCCGACUUGAGCGGCAUUUGGAGCGAAAGGCUUGGGUAGCAAGUUUCGGUCGUCCGAAGAUGACUCCACAAUCUUUACUCCCAAGUCAGACAAGUCUUUCUCCAUACCUACGCUUUGGCUGUCUCAGUACGCGACUUUUUUACUAUCAACUCCGAGAUCUCUACAAAAAGAUAAAAAAAACUAUGCCACCACUUUCGUUGCACGGUCAACUGCUGUGGCGCGAGUUUUUCUACUGUGCAGCGACGAAAAAUCCAAACUUCGACCGUAUGCAGGGGAAUCCAAUUUGCCUACAAAUUCCGUGGGAUAAGAAUGCUGAAGCACUUGCUAAAUGGGCCAAUGGACAAACCGGAUUUCCAUGGAUCGAUGCGAUUAUGACACAAUUGAGGGAAGAAGGCUGGAUACAUCAUUUAGCUCGUCAUGCAGUCGCUUGUUUCUUGACUCGGGGCGACCUUUGGAUUUCCUGGGAAGAAGGAAUGAAGAAGAUACGGUAGUGUCUACAGAGAAGUACGUGAUGACUGCGGAGAGAGUGUACCGCACUCCUAUACAGCUAAAUUGGAUGCCAAAA